UUGCGGUGGGUCUGGAGGUCCGAAUAUUGGUUUUGCGGUGGGUCUGGAGGUCCGAAUAUUUCCAUCUCCUCAGCGACAAGGGAGAGGUGAGGGAGCACGGUAGGAGCGGCAGGCGGCAGGCGGCAGGCGUGCUGCUUGUGCAAGCACGGCAAGGGCGGGUAACAGGGAGAGGAAGUAAAUAUGGCGGCGGCGAUGGCGGCACUUCAGGGAGCAAUGUCGACGCUGAGUGUGCAUGGAUUGCGUGGUAGUAGCUUGUUUGGCGCCAAGCUGCAGCAGCAGCAGCAGCAGCCGCCGGCCAUCCACGAAUCGCAACAGCUGCCAGGGACUGCAGUUGCCGUGCUCAAGAAGUGGAAAAGAAAGGAGUGCAAGCCGAAUGGUCUUCCAGUGCGCCAGAAGCUGCACAUAAAGGUUGGUGACAGUGUGAAAGUUAUCGCUGGCGACGACAAGGGAAAGGUCUCCGAAGUUGUGCAAAUUUAUUAUCACAAUGGCAAAGUGUUGUUGAAGAAUGUCAACCUCCAGACGAAGCACGUGAAGGGGAAGGCAGAGGGUGAAUCUGGACAGAUUAUUCAAAUAGAAGCGCCCAUCCACGGCUCCAAUGUCAUGCUGUACUCAAAAACCAACAAGGUUGCAAGUCGCGUGGGGCACAAGAUUCUAGAAGAUGGACGCAAGGUUCGGUACCUCCUAAAGACCGGCGAGAUUGUCGAAACGGACUUGGCGAAGCCCGCUGCUGCUGCCAAGAAGAGUAAUGAGAGUGAAAGCUGAAGGAAUGGAACUGAUCCCGGAGCUGCGUAAUCUCGGACUUCGGGUUAAAUUUGGUUGGCUCAGCUUCGUCACGCAACCGAAGGAAACUUCCAUUUAGGUCACAGAAGGAGAUGAGAGAGAAUAGGAGGGAGGAAGAGUGUGGAACGUACGGCAUCCCUGCUUCUCUUGUGCUUUUUCGCAUUCCGCAAGUUUGGGACAUGAUGCCAGCCAUUGUUUGAUUGAUAGAUCUGAUCCCAUGUAGUCUGUUUCCAAACUAUCCAACUGUUUUUUCUGAUCGCAGAAGCACCGUUCACAAGGUACGCGUCAAACGUUGGUGAGUUCCUCUGCCUAUACUACCAAGCUUGCGUAGGUGCUCAAUACUUCUUCUUCGAUUCGGCCCUGCACGGAAUCGAGCCGGCGCUCUAUGGCUCAACAGCCAAGUGUUACAUGGGUCAGCUGUGCUUGGGCAUACAAGACAUGGAUAGAUGUUUCCUGCGGACGACUGUACGCUGUAGGAUGCUUGUUUUAGAUGGCUGCUGAACACACACGUGCACGACUGCUUAACCGCUUGCUUAUCGAAGUGCAGGCCAUGCGAAUGUGCUCUGCAUAGCUCUGGUCAGCUAAACAGUGAGCUUGCACAGUCCCAUUGGGACUUUUUUUACACAGUGCGAUCCCAUACCUGCAUGAGGCUGCAAAGUCUUUUCUUUUGCAUAUCCAUAUAUGGCUAUGUGAUUCCAGCAUAGCCCUGCGUGGCUAUUGGAAUCCAGCACACUCAUGAGUGGGCAAUAGCUAUAUGAUUUGUGCCCCAGCUAGGUGUCGCUGAAAUAUCGCUUGCAUAGCACGUGUCAUAUUGCAUGCCUUAGCAUGCAGCAUACUGCAUACUGCUUGCAUAGCACGCGGCAUACCGCAUACUGCUUGCAUAGCAUGCGGCAUACCGCAUACUGCUUGCAUAGCAUGCGGCAUACCGCAGACUGCUUGCAUAGCACGCGGCAUAGCAUGCGGCAUAGCACGGGGCAUACUGCGUACUGCUUGCAUAGCACAUGGCAUAGUACAUGGCAUAGCAAGCAGCAUACUGCAUACUGCUUGCAUAGAACAUGGCAUAUCACGCAACAUAGCAUGGGCCAUACUGCAUACUGCUUGCAUGGCACGCGGCGUACUGCAUCUCGCGUGCCGUACUGCAUAGCACGCGACAUGCUGCUUGCAUAGCACGCGGCGUUGUACAGUGUUUGCAUAGCUGUAGGCAAUCAUCUGCAUGCCAGCACAUUUUUGUUGUGGGCAGCUCUCUGAUACUUUUGUGGAGUGAAAUCAUCUUUCGAGUUCGAGUUGACUGCGUGCAGGUGAUGAAGAUUCUUUCAGUGAGAAAGUAGUGUGCAUGUGCACACGACAUAGUUCGGCGAUCCAAGUUUCACUUCGUCGAUCCAACUUUCACUUCAAUUGUAUCAUUGCUUAUUAUUGGUUUCUUCAUUUAAUCGAUUUCUUUUCCACACAGGGAUCUGCUCACUGAGAGCUUGCUCGAUGAAAGUCGUUUGCAGUGUCCGUCGGCAACCUUGGUCGGCAUCUCAGGAGUCUUAGCAUUCCAACUGAACUGAACACCAUCUUCUUAAGUUGGACCCUCGUCUUUCUAGUGGCAAACGUUCGUA